AUGGAUGUGUAUCUCCGUGUUGUGUGCGCCGUGUCUGUGAUCGACAGUCUUACAUGGGCAUGUUCCGAGAACCAUGUGGCCGACUCGGGCACAUUCACUUCCCCCAACUACCCGGCUGACUACCCCCGUAACCUGAUGUGUACCUACACCUUGGCACCUGUCACCCCCGGGGCUACACUUAGACUCAUCUUUGAGGACUUCCACACAGAGGAGGACCAUGAUGUUGUCAAGAUUUACGACGCAAACGACAAGUUAUUGAAGAUAAAAAGCGGUGGACGUUACAAGUGGGUUGUUAUCGCAACACUGAGCUAUUACAAGGUCGUGUUUUCGUCUGACAAUACCAACGCUUUCCUUGGCUUCAAUGCAAGUUGGUCUGUUGCCCCCUCGUCGAAGGCACUUGACUACCAGGUUGCCAUGGCAACGACAUGCCCGGUUCAAGGACUCUUUCAACCAAUUCCAGAGAUAAACGGAAUCAGAAAGUUGGAAAUUAUGGCAUCUAUGACUUUCCAUAAAUGUAUGUUGCUGUGCCAGGUGUUGACGGAAUGCUCCUAUUUUAAGUUAUAUGCCACCAGCGGUAACUGUUACCUGUAUGAAGAGGAGGACGGCUACGUGUUGAUGUAUGACGCCACAUACAAGAAAGUUACCAACCCUUAGUCAGGGGCGAGCCAUUGUGGCGAUCACAUUGGAGUAUGUGAGUGAGUGAGUAUAGUUUUACGCCGCUUCUAGCAAUAUUCCAGCAAUAUCACGGCGGGGGACACCAGAAAUGGG